AUGAAUCCAGCCGUAUCUUCUACUAAUGCUACCAUCAGCAGUCGUGUAGCUCAAUUGCAGACCCGGCCUGAUUGCAUUCGCAACAUUUGCAUUCUAGCACAUGUGGAUCAUGGCAAGACAACACUUUCUGAUGGGUUGUUGUCAUCCAAUGGCAUCAUCAGUUCAAAGCUGUCAGGUAAAGUAAGGUAUUUGGACUCUCGACCCGAUGAGCAGGAACGAGGCAUUACAAUGAAGUCCAGCGGUGUUUCACUGCUUUUUAAUGUCAUGCAGCGAGUAAAGUGUCCGUCUGGAAAUGCAAAUGAGUUUGAAACCAAGACAAAUGAGUAUCUCAUUAAUCUGAUCGAUUCGCCCGGUCAUGUCGAUUUCUCUUCGGAAGUAUCAACAGCAUCUCGAUUGUGCGAUGGAGGUCUUGUUCUUGUGGAUGUCGUUGAAGGUGUUUGCACUCAGACACAUACAGUACUUCGCCAGGCAUGGACCGAUAAAGUCAAGCCCAUCCUUGUUCUUAACAAAAUUGACCGUCUUAUAACAGAGCUUAAAAUGACACCAUCGGAAGCAUAUACUCAACUCAACCAAAUUCUUGAACAAGUGAAUGCUGUUCUUGGAAGCUUUUACUCUGAAGCGCUGAUGAAGGAUGCUACAAAGAAAUACGAGGCAAAAGUAGCUUUGGGAGAUAAUUUCGAUAUAGAUGUUGGUAUUGAUGAUGCUACAUGUGAUACCGAUCAAGUGGAUGCUCCAGAUAUGGAUGAUUCAGAUAUCUAUUUUUCUCCAGAAAAGGGAAAUGUAAUUUUUGCAAGUUCCCUUGACGGUUGGGCCUUUCGUGUAAGCCAGUUUGCUCAAAUGUACGCGGCUAAACUCGGAGUCAAGGAAUCCAUGCUGAACAAAGUCAUUUGGGGCGACUUUUAUUUGGAUUCAAAAGCCAAAAAAGUGAUUGGCAGAAAGAAACUUUGUGGCAGAUUGUUGAAACCACUGUUUGUUCAGUUUGUUUUGGAUAAUAUCUGGGCUGUAUACCACGCCGUCAUUAUAAGCCAUGAUCGUGAAAAAAUCGAAAAGAUUGUCAAGACCAUCAAUGUCACGAUUCUUCCACGCGAUCUCAGAUCCAAGGAUUUAAAGGCUCUUGCUCAAAAUAUUAUGACACAGUGGCUGCCUUUAUCUAAAGCUGUCCUGUUGGCUGUGGUUCAACAUAUCCCCUCUCCUGCAGUUGCACAGGCUGAUCGCCUUCCACAGAUUUUGUAUCCAGAUGAUGCGACAUCUGCAGCGGCUCACCUUCAAACAGAUACACCAUCAAGUGGCUUAUCAACACCAAUCCAAAAACUCACUACAUCCAUGGAACAGUUGCAGUUUGCUACAGAUCGCGAGGUACUUGAUAAAGCAGUUUAUGCUUGUAAUGCUUCCACAGACGCCCCAGUGGUAGUCUAUAUCAGCAAAAUGUUUAGCGUUUCUCGAAAUUCGCUACCUAAACUUGGAAAACAAUCUUCAAUAGACCCAGAUACAAUGUUGUUGCGCCGUCAAGAGAUUAUUCGAAAAAGUCGAGCAUUAGAUCGUGAAAAGGCCAUUGCUGGCAUAGAUGAUGCAUCGCUUGGAUUAAACAAUACUAUGGAUAAGCCAACAAUAUUUCAACUAAACUCUAGCCAUGCAUCGUCUACAAAUGACUCAUUCAGCCACUUAGAGAACGAUGAAGUACUUGUCGGGUUUGCACGAAUCUACUCUGGAACAAUCCGUGUGGGUCAAACCCUAAAUGUUUUGGGGCCUAAAUACAAUCCACUAUUCACUGAUACAAACAACUCUGCGUACUAUUCUACAGCAACUGUUGAACGUCUUUUCCUCAUGAUGGGUCGAGACUUUGAGGAUUUAGAUUGCGUUCCUGCUGGAAACGUGUUUGGAAUUCUUGGUCUUCAAGACCAUGUGCUCAAAAACGCAACAGUGAGCUCCACCUUAGCUUGUCCAAGUAUGGCUGGUGUAAAAACAGACAUAAAACCAAUUGUAAGAGUGGCACUGGAACCAGUUGAUCCUACACAGAUGAAGCAGCUAGUACACGGAUUAGAUAUGUUGAAUCGUGCCGACCCAUGUGUUGAAGUUAUUCUUGAAUCUACUGGCGAAAACGUGAUUGUAUGUGCUGGAGAGCUACAUCUAGAGAGAUGUUUAAGAGAUUUGCGUGAGCGAUUUUCACGGAUCCAAAUUCAGGCAUCACCACCGAUUGUACCAUUUCGUGAAACACUUUCCAUUUUUCCACGUAUUGUGCAACAAUCAGUCUCGAUUCAGCCGGAAGAUACUGUGCAAGCACCAAGCACAUUAUUCAAUACUGAGUCGUCAAUGCCGUUACCCAUUGGCACAGUAAUGCAAGAAACCAAAAAUAAGAUGUGCGGACUAAAGUUGCGUGCAGUGCCAUUACCGCCUAUUGUACGCGACUUUCUUGCUAAAUCAGUCGGGAGAGUGCAGAUUAUUGAUGCAAUGAAAGACACACAAAAGCGUGGAGAGGCUCUGCAGGAAUUUGAGUUGGAGUUGAAGGCUAGUAUGGAUCAUGCUAUCAAAGAAGGCGAUGGUGUGGUUUCCAAGGUUGACUGGAAUCAGAUUCUUCAAGGAAUCGUUUGCUUUGGACCCAAGGGUAUUGGAUCAAACAUCUUGUCAUGCACAGCUCAAACAUACAGCAUGAACAAGUGGAAUCAAACAUCUUUUAAAAAGGAUUAUGGAGAACUAAAACUAGAUCAAACAGAAAGCACGCCUACUGAAUGGACUUCCAAAAAUGCUCGUACAGCCGAAUUUGAAAACAGUUUUGUAUCUGGAUUUCAACUAUCUGCUGCUUCAGGCCCACUCUGUGCCGAACCAAUGAGUGGUGUUUGCUUUGUGAUUGAGGAUGUUCAAUUUAUGACUGCAAGCGAACAAGAUGAAGUUACAAGACAUGCUACUCUCCCUGGACAGAUCUUAGCCAUGAUGCGCCAAGCAAUGAAACAGUCAUUUUUACAGUGGUCGCCAAGACUCAUGCUAGCCAUGUAUUCGUGCAAUCUUCAAACUCCGACAGACAUCUUAGGCAAAGUGUACGGUGUCCUUAACCGUCGACAUGGGCGUAUCUUAUCUGAGGAUUUAAAGGAGGGCACACCGUUUUUUGAAAUCAUGUCGGAUAUGCCUGUUGUUGAAAGCUUUGGAUUCACUGAUGAGCUUCGAACAAGAACCUCGGGUGCAGCUAGUCCACAAUUGAUGUUUACAGGAUUCCAAGUACUGGAUCAGGAUCCAUUUUGGGUGCCUACUACAGACGAAGAACUUGAAGAUUUGGGCGAAAAAGCCGAUCGUGAUAAUCUUGCCAAAAAGUAUAUGGAUGCAGUUAGAAAACGCAAGGGGAUGUUUACAGAAAAGAAAGUGGUUGAGCAUGCCGAAAAACAAAAGACUCUCAAAAACAAAUAA